AUAACCCAUUCUUGCCUCAGACAAAUAGGCUGCAGCCAAAGAUGUCCCCAUCUGCAAUAUCAGGCCCUGCACAUCUCUUUAGGCUUGCUGGCAAGUGUUUCAGUUUUGUGGAAUCCACGUACAAGUAUGAGUUUUGUCCUUUCCAUAAUGUCACUCAGCAUGAGCAGACUUUUCGAUGGAAUGCCUAUAGUGGGAUUUUAGGAAUCUGGCAUGAAUGGGAAAUUGACAACAACACAUUUGUUGGAAUGUGGAUGAGGGAAGGAGACUCAUGUGAAACUAAGAGCAGACAGACAAAGGUUCAUCUUGUUUGUGGAAAGAGCAAUAAAUUGGCUUAUGUGUCUGAGCCAAGUACUUGUGUUUACUCCCUGAUGUUUGAGACUCCUCUUGUGUGCCAUCCCCACUCUCUUUUAGUUUAUCCAACUCUGACUGAAGCAUUACAAAGGAAGUGGGAUGAAGCAGAGCAGCUUCUGUAUGAUGAACUAGUAACUGACCAGGGAUACAGAAAAAUACUGAAAGAUAUUUUUGAGGAAGCGGGACUUCUAAAAGCAACAGAAGAACAGGACGUUGAGAAACAGAACAAGAAAAUAAGUCUGGAGUUUGAAACAGUGGAGAAGUGCAGUAAGGAAUACAAGCAACUUUCUAAAGAAAUAAAAAAACUUAGAGAUUUAUUGAGUCAGCAUGGUAUUGCAUACAAAGGAAAUACUGCUGAAAAUACCAGUGUCGAACAUGUAAGUCACAAACUGGCAACUGCAGUGACAACUGUUUUUAACGGGUCAAAGGAUGAUGACCACAUGCAUGGCGAUACAGGAAUUUGGAAUGACACACUAUGAAGAAACUUGGGUGGUAAACAGCAAGUUCGUAGAGAAUGUCAAGCAAGUUCAAAGUGUAUUGUGGCACUAAGAUGA